AUGAGAUGCUGCAAGGACCUAGGCAUUGCCAGCGAGCUUUGGGAUCCUCGUUUCAUCCGGGAGUUCAAGGCAAAGUACUGCGUCGAAGUGUUCGUGGAACACCUGACGACCAAGAAAAAACGAGUCAGCGUCAUCACAUCGACAAUCAAAAGUCUCGUCGAGUUGAAGAGUAUUGACCUUAUUAUCACUACCGGUGGAACAGGAUUCGGUAUACGAGAUGUCACACCAGAGGCCAUUGGACCACUGUUACAAAAACAAGCCCCAGGUUUAGUUCAUCUUCUGCUUUCAUCUUCUCCAAAGGCGGUACUGUCGCGCCCUGUAGCCGGUAUUUGCGAUCAAACUCUUAUCAUCACUCUCCCCGGUAGCCCAAAGGCUGUCGACGAGUGUCUUGAGGCUCUUCUUUCUGGAGGUAUCUUGGAUCAUGCACUGGCUCUAUCGCGAGGCGCGGAUAGUCGACAUCUACAUGAAAAUUCAGCAGCCUUGACAGGCGCUGGUGUUCAAACUAGACACGUCCACUCGCAUUGUGGACAUCAUGCGCCGAAACCCCGCACUGGUGGCAAGAUGGAGAUGAUUCCCUCCAUGCCUCUGAGGGCUAGGAACUCCCCAUUUCCACUCAUAUCUCUCCAGGAGGCGUGUCAAUUGAUCAUCAAGAAUAUCCACCAUCUUCCACCUAUAACUUUGCCUGUGAACCCUAGCCUCCGAGGGUACAUCCUUGCGGAACCAAUUUACGCACAGAAUGAUCUUCCACGCUACCCUUCGUCUAAUGUUGAUGGUUACGCUAUUCAAGCCUCGAAAGGACCGGGCGUAUACAAGGUUGUUCAUCCUGGAACACACCCUCGGUCACUACCAGUUCCAGAAGAUUCCAUCUAUCGAAUCAACACCGGCGCGCCUCUCCCCUUGGGCACCGACGCAGUCAUCAUGGUCGAAGACACAGAACUCGUGUCACCGGCUCCAAACGGCUCGGGAGAAGUAUCGUCAGAGGAACUCGAAGUUCGUACGCUUGCACAAGUCGAAGUUGGUGAAAAUAUCAGGAAACCUGGAUCCGACCUGCGCAAGGGCGACCUGAUUUUUGAAAAAGGAGCGGCCAUUGGAAACACUGGCGGUGAUCUCGGUGCUCUCGCAUUCAUAGGAAGGAGAGAGGUCGUCGUCUACCGAAAACCACGAGUGGCCAUAAUGUCCACAGGUGAUGAGUUAGCGGAUCUAGCGGAUGAAUCGGAUCAGCAGGAUGAAUGGAGGCAUUGGGACACCAAUAGGCCAAUAUUGCGAGGUGCCUUGGAGGCGCAAGGCUACGACGUCGUUGACCUCGGCAUUGUUCGCGAUAGCUUGGGAGCGCAUGUUCAGGCCCUCUCUUCUGGUUUGGAACAGGCCGACAUCUUUAUCAGCACCGGUGGGAGCUCGAUGGGUACAACUGACCACAUACGACCUAUGCUCCAGGAGAUGAACGCAACGGUCUUAUUCGGAAGAGUCAAAGUCAAACCCGGGAAGCCAACAAUAUUCGCACAAGUCCCGUGCAAGUCCGGCGAAGGCACCAAGCCAUUCUUUGGUCUUCCAGGCAACCCUGCAUCAGCAUUGGUAACGUUCAACCUCUUUGUGAGACCUGCUCUUCGCCUGCUUGGCGGCUUCUCGAUCAAGGAUUGUCAGUUGCAGCCAGUCAAAGUCAAACUUGCCGAUGAUAUGCCAUUGGAUCCCCGUCCGGAGUUUCAUAGAGUCUUGGUCAAGGCGAACAAUGAGGGGCAGUUAGAGGCUCACUCGACGGGUGGCCAGCGUUCUAGUCGUGCUUCAAGUCUCAAUAGUUCAAAUGCCCUCGUCGCCCUGCCUGCGCUGGUCGAAGAAGGACCAAAACAAUUGCUGAAAGGAGACAUGGCCGAUGCGCUGCUUAUUGACCUAUAA